AUGGAAGUUCAGAAAACUUCAUCCUACCCAAUUCCCGCACACGAGGCGGAGAGGAAAGAGUUGGAUGAGAUUCUCAAAAACACACACUUUGCGAGAACUCUUACAAAUGGCAUAGAUAAACAAAGAUUAUUAUUUAUAUUUUUCCAAAACACAAGCAAGACCACACAUCUCCCUUCGCGAGCUGCUGCCGCCUGCCCUCCCGCCGAAAACCACAAAAAAGCAAAAAAAGCCCAGGUAUUUUUCGACAUUAUAUUAAAAAAUCCAAAAUGCAGUUUCUUCAUUCAUUUUCUUGCUGAAAUGCAGUACCACUCACGAAAACCCUGCACCAAUUACACAGUACAGGGAUUCGUGUGUCCGCUGAGAGUUGUUCAGUGCAACGCUCCAGGUGAUCACACCAAUCCACCGAAUUUCCACAUGCCUUCACUUCCAAACGGAGAAAAGUAA